AUGGUCGGCAGAGACAGUCCCGUGCCACCAUCGUACGUGGAUGCCAGAGCUAUUCCGAAGCGUCAACGACAAUUAGCGGCUGCCAUUACCGGUAGCUCGGCGUCAUACAAGGAGAACCAUACAUCUGGUCCCUCAGGCUUUGCAACUCUGCCGCGGUCCUUCCCACUUGUGCCGCGCCACCGGGAUGUAUCUGACGAGCGGUCGUUCGCUUUAGUCGGCUCGGAUUUGGAACAACGCGGAUUUGCUUCGUCCGGCGAUGAUGACGAUACCGACUUUAAGAGCGAUACCAUCUUCGACUCGAUCCGUACCGCGGCCUCUGCACGUGUCCGUUCCACCGACACCCCGAUCGAGUCAAUGUUUGACGAAUCCCCACCCAGCACAGCAGGCAACGGCAAAGCGAAGCGUCUCUCGAUACAAGAAAUUUUGGGCCAAGCUUGGGACAGUGACACGCGGAUCAUGGAGGAAGAAGACGAGGGUUUCUCGACCCCUAUUCGGAAUCUUCCUACAAGAGCGGAGCGGUCUCCAUCUCCCUCAUCGGUCAUGCGUCACUUUGACGAGGACUAUAUGCCUGCUAACAGCCACGAUAAUCGGCCCGAAACCGAAAUAUACAGCGUCCUCGCGCCGACGGCUAGCGGUACGUCGCAUGCAAACGAAGUUGAUUAUAGUCGGCCAUCCCUUGAUGAUGACGAUGAUGAGGACUGGGCGCGUGUGGAUGAUAGUGGUGUUACAAAUCACCUGUCCCCACCGUCUAGAUCCGCCCACAACUCGUUCCACGAGAUGAACGGCCUGUUCCGAAACAACAGCACUGGUUUCCCAUCUUCUCACCAUCAGCGCCCUGCUCUUGGACUAAUCAGUGGAAACGGUGGACUGGACCUAUCGUCCGAACAGUACGAUCGCUUCAUGACGGGCGGUAGUCGAGAGCGGCCUCGGAGCAACCUGUUUGACUGGAGCGAGUCGACCGUACACCUCGACAAGAUUGACAGCGAUGGACAUUCACCGCGGCCCAAGACUGUGCACGGCAAACAGGAACUGGACCUUAGGAACGGACGGGCUGUGAACCGGAAGGGCCCAGCAGUCGCUCACGUCAGAAGCCAGAGCGUACCAGUGAACGCUGACCCUGCAACCGAAGGCACCAAGCCGUCUACAUCCAAGUUCGGAACAUGGGCCUCUUCUGGACCGAAGAACGCAAGUGAGGACUGGGACGACGACUUUGAUUUUGGCACCAAUCACGGCGAUGACGAUGAUGAUGAAAACGCUGCCGACUGCUUCGACACCGACGAAGAGGAUGCGUUUGGCCGCUCCUCGACGCUGCGCUCAAGCAAAGGACCUGGCUCGUUUGCCAUGAUUGUCCCGGCAUCGAUCCAGGCCACACAGCCCACUGUGAAGGCCCAUUCGGGCCAGAUCCGCGAGCUGUCGCUCCUGGUGAACGGGCUAAAGCGCCUUUGUCGUCAUGCUCGGGACCUGGACAUUGUUGACGAAUCGCCAGCGUUGUGGAAAGAGGCCGCAAAUAUCAUUGCGCUGGCCUCGCCUGACGAAGACCUUUCUGAGGCUGCAGCACCUAAGGCGAAACCGGUUGCAGGAGACUCUAGUGGCUCACCUACCGAGAGAGCGGAAACAGCAGUCGCAGCAGUAGAGAACGACAGCGAUAUUCCAAGAGCCUCAAUCGAAUUCGAUGCGUCCGAUGUUGAAGAUGGGAUUUUGGAAGCGAAGUUCGACGCCCAGAAUCGCGGCAGCUUCGAGGAUCCCUUCGACACGUCUGAAUUUGUGCAGGCGCCAAGCACGCCACCCCGACCCGACAUGAGCAGGACUGCUGUUGUUAGGGAGCGACACAACACUCGCCGCCGGUCGGUGUUUUCCCCCGAAGACGACAUCUUUGGUGGCGGCUGGCCAGUGGCUGAUGACAAGUCCCCUGCGAGGCAAGUCGAGAAGGAGGCGCGGCGACCGCAGACGCCCAACCGGUUCACAACGACCGCGGAGACGCCCGACAGUGCUAUGAUUGAGUCCAUCAUGGCAGCAAUGGAGCAGCAGCGGUCCGCCUCGGCGCCGAUUCGAAAGUCGCCUGUCAAGCAGACGUCAACAUCGGAGCUGUUUUUUAACACGAAUACGCUCCAGGAGCUUGUGAAGCGCGCUAACACCCUCUUCCACACACUCUCUGAUCUCGUCCGCCGCGCCGAGCUGUUCACGCAGAGUCCGGCCGUGACACCACGACAUGACCGCCUCAAUCGCUGUGAGGACGGUAGCCCCGCUUUCACGCGUGUGUUCACCGACCCAUCGAGCCCCUCAAAGCGACUACCCAAGAGCCACAGUGGUAACUCGGUUGCUCGUGCCUCGCCGGCUUUGGAAUCACCUUCCACGGCGCGAGUCAGCCAGAGGCUGCAAAUGAUGACGGUGAACUGA